ACAUUAUUGCACUGGUGAUGGGAAAUUCACGAAUAAUUGUGAAAGCCUUGAUGCUGAUUUUACAAGCACAUAUACUUAAUUAGCAACGAUAGCUAGCAUGCUAGGUGUUAGAUUAAAUUACAGUUAUCAUUAUUAAGAAGCAGUCAAACUUGGAAUUACUCACUUAACAUCAGCUAACGUUAGCCUUUAGCUACCUACGCUGAUUGAUAAACACAGGUGCAUAAGUGUGGAGAUUAACAUUAGCUUAUUCCGACGUGAAAUCAGAAGAGAGACCUGUGUGUACUUGCAGAAUUAUUAUUAUUUUUAAUCAGUUCCAUGUGGUUUUAUUGGUGGGCUUUGGGUUGGGGUUUAGGAAGGAUCCGUGUGGCCCAAGUUUAAAAGGUUUUUAAAAAGUUUUUAAAAGUUUAUUUGCUUAUUUAAUUUAUUUAAUAUAGGCACAAUGCUAAACUGGAGGCUUCUAGAAGCUUCCAUUACUACAAAUACCAAUCAUGUCCUGGCUGAUGGCCUGCUGGCCCACAUUACAGUCACAAAGCAAACACUCCGCUCUGGCUGUUUAUUCCCAAGAAUCAAACUCGCGUGUCCGAUUCACUGAUUCAGUAUCGAAUGGAGAGUCGGAUCAGUGGAGUGAUUCAGUGUGGAAAGCGUGCUGUGGCUUUCGCGUUGGUUUUCUACCAGUUAAAGAAGCGAACCGUGCAGAGAAACUCGGAGUUUUAAAAGGUUCUGAUGGAGGACUGCUGCACAUCAGGUCUAGACGACUAAAACACGAUUUGGGAGAUUUAAUCCCUUUGGAAAUAAAUUAAAAAAAAAAAAAAAAAAAAAAAAAAAAAAAAGAAGAAAGAAAAAUGAACGGACUUGCAUUACCGAAACUGAGAAGUGAGAAGGGGAAGAAAAGUGAGUCGAAACACCGGCGCAGUGAGUACUCCGAGUCCGACACCGACGUUCACUCAACUCCACAGUCUGCAGGGAAGCACGUUAUCCGCUUUAUUAACAUCAGAUUCAAGUAUAAAUAAGUUUAAAGUGACUGUAAUGUUACCUCUAAUAUGAAGUUUAAAAGUAAGACUUAAUAACACUUCAUUACUCAUGAACGUAUUGUGAGUAUUUAUUAUUAUAGCUAUACUAUAUUAUAUACUCUAGUGUAUACACGCUGUAGGGGAGACCGGGGUCAGCUGUACCUGUAACUGAAGCUCCCAUUGUAAUCACAGGUAACGUUUUCCUGGGCGAGGAUGAGGAGCAGGAGAGAGGCGCGAUGAAGAGGCUCAGCACCAUGUGGGUGUCCGUCAAGGGCAAAAUGAGCCGAGAUAGAGGCGCUAAAGAGCCGGACCCUCCGCCGAGCCCGGACCUGCUUCCUGUGGACGAACAGCAGAGAGAGCCGCGCUACGCCAGCGGACAGUUCUUCUUCGAGUACCUGGUGGUGGUCAGCCUUAAAAAAAACAAAACCGGCACGUACGAGCCACAAAUAUCGUACCAGUUCCCUAAGAGGGAUGGUAUGGUGCGUUUUCAGAAGGAGGAAGAGGAGAAGACGCUGAAGGCCAUCACACUGUUCUGUUUUCCAGAAGGGAUUAACUGGGCUCCACUCACAGAAUAUUCCAGUGAGACGUUCUCGUUUGUCCUGACCGAGGUGGACGGCAGCAGGAGGAACGGUUACUGCCGCAGGCUGCUGCCUCAUGGCAGUGGCGCUCGUCCCCCAGAGGCGUACUGCAUCAUCAGUAAAGUGGCCUGUUUCGGUCUCUUCUCGAAGAUCUUUGACGAGGUGGAGAAGCGACGUCAGAUCUCCAUGGCGAUGAUCUACCCGUUCAUGCAGAGUCUGCGUGAGGCUCCGUUUCCCGCUCCAGGAAACACCGUGCAGAUCAAGAGCUUCAUCCCCGACGCCGGCACCGAGCUCAUCAGUCUGACACGUCCCACAGACUCGUGGUUGGAACAUGUGGAUUUCCGCACGCUGUUCCGAUGUUUAUCGGAUGAAGAAGUGCUGCAGGUUUUCGCUGCUACAGUGUUGGAGCGCAGAAUCGUCUUCCUCGCUGAGGAUCUAGGGACGUUGUCUCAGGUGAUCCACGCCGUCUCUGUCCUCCUCCAUCCCUUCAUCUGGCAGCACACACUAAUCUCCAUCGUGCCUCAGAUUCUGAUUGACGUCGUCAUGGCACCCACGCCAUACCUGCUGGGGGUUCAGAAGCAGCUGGCUGAUGAUGUCCUCGAUCAGGGUGACAUUCUGGCUGUUGAUUUGUCGGAGGGUCGAAAGCAAACGUUCAUCAGACGAGUCGGAGACGAGGACUCGAUUCUACCCCACAAACUGAAAGAGGAGAUCCUGCAGGCUCUGAGGAGCAGGAGCGAGACGUCCAGUUUGGAGGAACUGAACCGCAUCGUCCCCGAAGCCUUCCUCCCGUUCUUCAUCAAAACCGUCGGCCAUUUCUCCAAAUACGUGGUGAGGAACGGAGCGGAGGUGAACUUCCACAAGAGGAGCUUCUGUAAAGCCAUCGAGUCCAAAAGCACUCGACAUUUCGUCAAGAAGUUCAUUCAGACGCAGAUGUUCGACCUGUUUAUACAGGAAGUGGAGCAGAGACCUGCCUCCCAGAAAGGUUUUUUUGAGCAGAAGAUCUCGGAGUAUCACAGGAAGAUGCGAGAGAAAGCAAAGAAACACUAGAACUUUAAAACUUGUGUAAAAUAUACAGAAACUGGAUGUUAAAUAAUUAUUCAGGCUGUAGAUAGAAAAAUGAAAAUUAUUUAUCUGUUAAUUUUAUUGUAAAUUGGGGAACGUGUGUGUGUAAUGGAUUCUUUUAAAAUGUGUUUUAAUACUAUAUUUUGUGAGUGAAUGUGUGUGUGUGUGUGUGUGUGUGUGUGUGUGAAGACAAUAUUUUAGUUUUAGAUUUUGGUCUUAAUGUUUUUAAAUUGAUAGUGAGUGUUUUUUAAAGACUGAGCCAGAAUUUAAAUAAAAACUUUUAAAUGUUUAAAAGUUCUUAUUUUUAUUAAUUGUGUUUUUAUUAAAUUAAGUCUUACCAUGUAAACAAUUAAAUAAACACCAAGCAAAGAUUA